AUGGCGGACCUGGUGGAGUUAUUAUUUUUCGAUACGUUCGCUCAUGAAAAUACCGAAGAACUGAAUUUGGAUUUAGUGCAGUUUCCGAAACCGGUUUAUGUCACGGAGGUGAGGAUAAUACCCCUGGGGGCGCGAGUGCAAGCCGACUUUCCCGGUGGUGUACGUCUGGGCGCCACAAACCCCAGCCAAUUUCAGAUAGAGUUCUUCGUCAACGAUCUUGGCAAGCCAGGCGCCAGCACGUUCGAAACACUUGGUGGAUUCGAGUACAAUCAGAAUGGGUGCAUCAACCUUAACUGUCUACCAAAUGAUACAGUUCGGAAGAUACCUACUGACGGUUUGGUCCUAAGAGGAUGGUAUACAACUAUAACAUUAGCAGUCUAUGGAACAUUGACUGCAAAUAUCACAGAGCAGAUCAUCCCUCCAGUGGUAACACCUUCAUUGCCAGCUCAGCCAAACACAAUUUCUGAUGUUCAGCAGAUUAUCUCACAGAAUCCAAUUGAAAAUGAUUGGCAAGAACCUAUACAGCAAGUGCCUAUGGAAUAUAACCAACAAACAGCCACACAGUACCCGCAGCCUUAUGUCUCACAAGAGAACUACCAGCAAGAAAACUAUGGUGAAUAUUAUGGUGAGGCUCCUAAAGAUCCUAGAAGUUAUCAUCAUACACCAGAAACGGAUUGGGACAAUAAGGGUAGGAGUCGACCUAGUGAAACGGAAAACACUAGGGAACAACGUACACGAGAUGCCCCAAGUUAUCCACAAAAGCCUGAGGUUGAGCAAAGCGAAAGGAGGGAGAGGAGAUAUUCGCGGUCGCACAGCAAGGACAGAAAUUAUAGGGAGACUAGCAGGGAUAAGGAACAGGAUCGUGAUUGGGAUCAUGGAUAUCGCGAACAUGACAAAGAUUGGGAUGGACGAGACCGAGACAGAUACAAACAUUCGGAUAACUACAGGAGAUAUAACGAUAGAGAGGAACGGAAGAGACCUAGAACACCGCCUCCAGUUCACUCUCCGAAGCGACCUCAUACUCCGCAAAGUGACAACGCCAAAGCUUCCCCUAAAGAAAUGGACAUCUUGAGCGAGGAGGAAGUGGAACGGCAAAAGAUGGAAACAUCGAAGAAAGAAGUGGAGAAGAUGUCCGUGGUUGAGGAAAGCAGCAACACGAUGGACGUCGAGGAGUUCGAGCCGAUCCUUAGUGAUGAAGAUAUUUUGGACGAUGCGGAGAAUUUCCAGGACGAGUACGAUUACAACGGAUAUACCAACAACGACGAUAUAAUUAAACUGUUUAUACCUGGACAAACUCCGCUUCAACACUACAAGAGGAAGACCAGUUUCGAAUUGGAUAAUGGCAACCUGGUUGUGGACGAGCAUCUGAAGACGAUAAUUGGUAUAGUGGACGAUUUCUUUAAAUCGAGCAUUACGAAAUACACCACCAAGGAUUUCCAGAGGAUGAAUGGGCAGAUCAAGGAAGAAUUUGUGCAUCUGUGCGAAAAAGUGAUGCAAAUGUUUGAAGGGAAUUUUUGUGUAAUCGCGCAAAUGUACUCGGUCUGUGCAGGUGCUCGUGAUGAGAUAUCGACGCAAGUGGAGUUCAUCAUCGAUACAUUGGUGAAUUGGUUAAAAGUGGCGUUGGAUUUCGACAUGGCCAAUGAGCAAGAACAACCUGGAUACAAAAUUAGGCACAUCAAGUGCGGUGUUAAAUUGGCCGAGUGGGUAUCGAGCAGCGCAGAUUUCCUGAAGGUCCUCUGGCGCAACAACGUCUACAUCCAUCAGAGCUUGAUCAACUUGUACGAAAGCGAAUUCAUGGCGUUAUCCAUCAAACUGAUGAUCUUGAAAGCUCUAGACACUUAUUUAUUGAAGAAGGAAUCGGUAGAAGUCUUCCUGUGCGGAAGAUUCAGCGAAAACUCUGAAUACUCAUUUGAAAAUUCCGUUGGAUACAAGGUACUAAUAAGCAUGCUGGAGAAGAACCCAUCCGUGCGGUUGAAAUUUGCGCUCAAUUCAAUUCUGAAAAAAAUGAAUUGCUUUGAAGUGCUGGAGAGGACGAAAGAAGUCCUCAAGAAUAUUUGCGAACAGGAAACGUUGACGAAAGAGGAUUCGGUUUUCUUGCAGGACAGCUUAUCGUACGUAUUGAACCUUAUACAGGCGGGUUCCUUUUCAGUGUCACAGCCCAAACGGUUUUUGCCUGUAGUCACCCAAUUCGAGAUUAAUCGCAACGAAAACGACGCUAAUUUAGUAGAGUUAUUCAGACGUCAACAUUUGCUGGAAAUGCUUCUACUUCUACUGACGCAUUGCUCGACAAUGAUUUCCAGCAAUAUAAAAACUGUUGUCUACGAGAUUCUGGCAGAACUGAGCCAAAGUUUAGAUGGUUUGAAGUACAUGAGCGAAAACGACGAAGUGAUCAAUGCAUUGGUAAAAGUAUUACUCGUUGGCGAUGAAGAAUUUCCGCUAGAAUCGGAUCUCAGAUCGCACAAUUUGGGAUUGAAAUUGGCCUACGAAUUGCAAGCUCUGUGUCACGUUGAUAAUUUAAAACAAUUUAAAGACUGCGAGUGCAACGAAGUCGUAGAUCAGUUGCACGGUUUGUUUUGCCUGAGUUUCAACAACGUUGGAAAGUUAGCUGUCGGUAAAGUGUUGAGCUACGGCGACAACCUGUCUAAUUUACUGCAAUUUAUCGAUUUGAAAUCGGAGGCGAAAAUGAGGAAGUCGCCAGCCGUCGCAUACAUCAUUGACUUGUUGAAUCUGGUUAUCGUUUGUUUUGGGGAUAUUCCUUUGUUAGAAAAGUAUCGAAAGAAAUUGUUAGAUAUUUCAGCGGCCAGUGAAAUAUUUGAAAAGCUAGGGGAUAUGACCAAUUAUUUGCGACCCUACGAGAACUUCAAAGGGUCGUACGACGUUGCUGAAUUGGUCGAUUGCAUUUGCAAGCAGCAGGUAACUAAUUUCUCAGGAAUUUUGAUUACUUGUUUAAGAAUUCUCGAGCACAUCGGUAUAUCGAAACAUGAUAACAAAACUCCACUGGAGAACCCUUUGAGCAACUUCAGCGAGCUGAAAUACAAACACGUCAUCCUGCAAUUAUAUCCUUUGGAUGGUGUAGGUUUACUUCUGAGGAUUCUCGGUGAGCUGUGCGAUUUCUAUGAACAGCCCAGCUUGCAUAAUUCCACGUUCGUUUCUAGCCAAGGUAUUUUGAUCAUAAACAUCAUAGAGCCGUGUAUCAAGCUGCUGAAGCAGAUGCUCACAUACGUGAUUCAGUGUAGGAAUACGCAUUUCAAAGACCUUACGGCCAUUCAGAUACUGUUGCAAACGUACAAUUUGUGUCAGAGCUUCCCGGUGACGGCGCUCGGAUUUCAUAAAUCUCGGAAACUGUGCCAAGAAAUAGUGGAUACUUUAUUAGUGUAUACUCAGCCGGUGUCCGAAGAAAUUCACGAAAAGGAUUCGUUGAAUAAGACGCUGUGGACUCUCAUGUGCGGCGAAGUGAUUAAAUUUACUAUGUCUGCACCGUAUGCAUUUAUAGCAGGUUUAUCCGUUUUCUCCGAAAUGUUGCCUCUACCACUGCCAGUGCAGACGAGCGAGGAAUUGAGUGCAGAGGAAAUUUCCUGGGCCGUUAAUCUGAGGAAGCUCUGGUCUGCACAUCUACAUUCACAUUCGUCCAGUAUUCAAGAUAUGAUUGCUAAACUGUGCACCACGACGUAUCAACCUUUGCUGAAUCUCCUGAGGAAAAUCUGUGCGCAAAUAUCGGAUCUGGCCGCAAAUUCAGCGCUCAUGAUAGCCAGAGGAAUUUUAGACAAUGUGCACGGAGCUAUAGUGUUGAACGAUGAUACAAAGAAGUUGGUAUGUAACGGAUACAUAGCUAGGCUAAUGAACUUUUUAGCCUGCUUAGUGACCCACGGUUCGUUGAAAUGCACUUUCCUUCAUCUGCUCGCGAAUUCGAGCGGCGGAAAGGGCGAUGAAAAAUAUCCAGCAAUUAUACUGGCGUUCGCACAGAUUCUCCGGAGUACGAGUAAUGUUAAUUCGCACGUUCAGACUCAGGAGUGCAUCUUGAGCAUAUUGCAGAGCUUCUGCGAUACUGAAAUCACUCUGUACCAGAACUCCACGUCGGAUAUUUACUUAGCCAAUGCACUGCCAGUGAAAGAUCACGUCUUGGUGUUUCUCAACACCAUGUUGGAACAUAUCAGUGGAGAGAAUUUAUUUAUAACGUAUUUACCGGUUGUGAGGACGUUGCUACUGUUAACUGAACACGAUUACGGUUUUUAUCACUUGCGGGAAGUUCUUCUGAAGCGUCCGAACAUCUUCCGCAAUGUUUUGCAAAAGCUCGAACAAAAUUUCUCCAAAGACAAUGGGGAAUGUCUGUCAACGCUGAACACUCUGGUAGAGUUUCUGCGUGUUUGUUCUGAACCCGAAUUGGUAGAAGAAGGAAUGGUAGUGCAACCCAGGACAAUGAAAAUGGAUAUCCAGGACAUUCAGGCGCUGGUUGGCUGGGAGGAUAAUACCGAAAAUCAUCCGCUAAUUAAAUUGGAGGAGAAAUUAAAAGUUGAAGUGCAGGAAGAUUCUACGUUCGAGGGCCUAUUAGAAUCUAUCGAAUUGAUGCUAACUUAUCUGCGCGUCAAGGGUGAUUCUGAGGUAAAAGAGAUUACUUACGUGGAACAGGUAUUACCUUCUCCUGAGCCGCUAUUGGCUCAAUUCGCUGGACGUCCUAUUUUCUCUACACGCGAUUCGUUGGACGAUCGUCUUACGGCAUCCUAUUGGUUGACACCGCUCGGUGUCGACGAUCAGCUGCCGCAGGACGCUUGCGAACCGGAUAACGUACGUUUGAUCUGGUGGACGACUGCGGAUCCUACAUUGCCCGAUGAAUUUCAGGUGACCUGUGAUUUGGCAGACGUGUGCAGGCAGGAUCUGGCUUCCGAAGUCAAUCUCAUUAAACAGGUAGAGAAAUUGUGUCGCGUCUGUCCAUCGGAAAGCAUCGAGCAAGUCGAAAAAGAAAAGCGAAUUAACACGCAGAAGGACAAAAUGAAAAGGCCUUUCGUGACUCCUGUUAGGGGGCGUGGUUUCGCGCGUACUAUUCAGGUGAGAUCCGAUCUGUUCCGAUCGCGUCCACCGAACACGUCACGCCCACCUUCCCUGCACGUGGAUGAUUUCGUUGCCUUGGAGACUUGCGGAGCCCAACCCACGGGACCAACAGGAUACAACAGAAUCAGCAGGGAACUACUUGCUACUUCCCGCGUAGCCAGAGGACCCAGAGGUCGAUCAUUCAUAGCUUCAGACAGAGCAGUCCAAUACAGACAAAUGUCAUGGUGGGGACCAGGCCGCGUACCCUAUUAGUAAGUUCUUGUACGUUUUCAAUCCUGUAGGAAAAUGGAAUUGUGAUACGAUUUAUUUAAAGGGCUUGUUUCUUUUAUUUUUCCUUAAUUUUUUUUUUUACUGU